AUGUUUGAUCACUCAUUCCAUCAGAACAGUAGCAGCAGCAGCAGUGGCAGCAGCAACAAUGGCAAUGGCAAUGGCAAUGGAAGUGUUAGACCAACCAGGAGAUCACUUGACUUGACACAUCUGAGUGACCAUGCACGACAAUCAUAUGUACAGAUGCUUGGAGAUGCACCAUUGUCACCUGGUCGAACCCACCGCGCACCAGCCGUCGCAUCCAAUCACUUGCCACCCAUCCACCCAAACUCAUUGCUUCAUCAACCAGUGCCGACCAACCCACCUAUCUCUCCUCCCCCAAACCAUUCGCCAAACAACUCAAGCAACUUGCCCCCACGUCCACGCGAGCGCUUCAAGUCAUUCAGCUGGACGGUCGGCGAGUCAAACACAGACGCUCGCGUGUCUGAGCUCUCAAUGGUGGCCUCACGCUCAAAGAAUCUCAAGAACGAGUUCUCCAUCCUCUACGACGUGCUCAAGUCGUCUGAGGCACUUCAGUUCCACACCAAGGUGUCGUCGGGCUUGCGUCCGGGCACGGGCAGCGGUCUCACACACUGCAGCAAGUACAAGACGCUUCUCAUUCAGAACCAGAACUCGCCCGAUCGUCAUAUCCUGACCAACACGCUUAUGCGUCGCGGCCACACCGUCGUCAAUUCACCCUGUGAUGUCACUCUGAUUCAUCACCUUCACAAUCAAGACCCAUUCUCACUAUUCAUAUACAAUCAACGAUCAUCGGCCAGCGAUGACUCGGUCAUCCCUGUGGACAUUCACACCGCCGCGCCCAAUGGCAUCGCAGGCGAGCACAGCGUCGACACCAACAUGUUCACAUUCCAACCUGCCAGCAACAGCAGCAGCGACGGCAUGCCACAGUUCUCCCGCAGCUGCGGCAUCGAUCACCCAACGCAGAUCACUGGCUACAAUGACGUUCACAUCAAUGGUGCGUCGGCCAUGGGCGGCGGAGGCAGCACACCACCAAGCUACGUCAACAGCUUGGAGUUCAUACGCACACUCAGAGAGAUUGUCGGACCAUACUGCGUCAUCAUCGUUGUGACGGCCAGUGACAACCCGAUCGAGUUCUCAUCAAUCAUCGACGCUGGUGCAAACGAUUACAUACCGCAUCCACUAUCGUCGGUGUUGUUGGACGUGCGAUUAAACUGUGCCGAGCGAAUGGUCAACGAUCACCAAUGUCUGACCAAGGCCGACGAGCUCUAUGAUAGCGCCAAACGAAUAGUAUCCUGCAUCGAAUAUAGCAGUGAUGGAAUGGAGAUUUGGAGCUCGACUGGCCAGAUCAAAUACUUGAACUACUCAAUCUCCACAUCAGUUGGAUACUCAAGAUGGGAGUUGCUCAACAAGGAGUUUUCUUUCCUCAUCGACAACCAAGAGAUUAUCCCUCAGAUGUGGGCAACAAUCACUGGCGGAAAGACCUGGAAUGGCUUCAUCAGGACGAAGCAUUCAAAUGGAACUACUAUUUAUUUCGAAACAAACAUUUCACCUGUACACGACCAAUCACAAAAACUGCUAUAUUAUAAUUGCUCCAAGCGCGAUGUUACACAGAAGCGCAUCGAUGAGGAGUCAAGAACAGCAGAGCAUGAGAAGACAUUACAAAAGUCAAGGUUACGUCUAAGCAUGAUGAGUCAUGACAUACGAACUCCAAUGAAUGGCAUCAUCGGCAUGACAGACCUUCUAUCCGAAACAACAAUGGACUCUCAACAGAAACACUACCUGGACAUCAUCAAAGGCUCAUCAAACACAUUGCUCAACAUAAUCAAUGAUCUAUUGGAUAUCUCAAAGAUCGAGGCAGGCAAACUAGAAAUAGAUAAUAUCGAGUUUGACUUUAGAGAGACCCUCGAAGAUGUUUGUGAGCUUAUGGGUGAGCGAGCCCAGACAAAGGCCCUGAACCUCAUGGCAUUCGUCCACCCAUCAGUGCCCCAGAAGUUGAUUGGCGACUCGAGUAGACUAAAGCAAAUAUUUACCAACCUUCUUGGCAACUCUGUCAAGUUUACAGACAAUGGAGAGAUUAUAGUUGUUUGUAAUAUGGUCAGCUUCACGGAUGAGAAUAUCACUCUGAGGAUUGAGGUCAAGGACACUGGAAUUGGUAUCAAGAAGGAGGCUUUGCCAUUGUUGUUCAAGGCAUUCACACAAGCAGAGGGCAGCAUUGCAAGACAGUACGCAGGCAGCGGCCUGGGUCUUGCCAUCUGCAAGGAGUUGGCACAGUUGGCCUUCAACGGCGACAUUGGAGUGGACAGUCAAUAUGGAGUUGGCAGCACAUUCUGGACCGUACUGACAUUCAAAUCACUGCGCUCAGCAUCCUCGACGACCAUCCUACCCAUGCUCACGCUCCAAAUGCUGGGUUCGGAUCGGUCCGAGCCAAUGAUCAUUCAAUCGAUCGACCAGGGUGUGGGCGUGAGUGGGGACGCCACCGCAAUGCUCGUCGACUACACAGUGAGCAGCGAGAACCCUCCCAACUUCCGUGGAUCACGCAUGCUACUUAUUGAGCGCAAUAUGAACCAAUGUAAAUUCCUCACACAACAGUUCUCCGUGUGGAACAUCAUCCUGGACUCGACCGAUGACAUUACCAAGGCCAUACAAAUGUGGGAUCAAUCCGUUGCGGCAUCAAUACCCUAUUCAAUGAUCAUUAUGGACCUGUCAUCAGUGGGUACCGAUGCAUUCUUCCUCGCACAAAAGUUCACAGGUCAUGCCAAGUCCAUUGGAGUUGUCCUUCCUCUGCUCCUCCUCCUUCCACUCAAGAUGCGCUCACCCUCACUCGAAGAAGAGGCCAGGCGAUCCGGCAUUGGUGAGAUCGUCACCAAGCCCAUACGCAUGUCCAACCUCCUCGACAGUCUUAUUUCACUCACAGGUCUUCGACAAAGGAAGGAGCGUACAAUGAACUCCCCUGCAGUACAGGUGAUACAUAGUCCACAUGACAGCUUGGUCAUUAGAGUGCUGGUUGUGGAUGAUAAUACUGUGAACCAACAGGUGGCGCAUAGGAUGCUACAAUCAAUCGGAUGUGUUGUAGAUAUGGUAUCUAGUGGUCUGGAGGCUUUGGAAUGUCUGGACGCCACGCCCUAUGACAUGGUGUUCUUGGACAUUAUGAUGCCCGACAUGGAUGGAUUCCAAGUGGCCAAGGAGAUCAGAGAGCGAGAGAUCAUGCACAAGACCAAGAGGAUACCAAUCAUUGCCAUGACAGCAAAUGCCUUCAAAGAGGAUCAGUUAAAGUGUUUGAACAGUGGCAUGGAUGACUACCUUUCCAAACCGAUCAAGUUCAAUGAGUUCCGUUCGUUGAUGUCCAAGUGGAAACAGAACAUAUUCCACAUGAACAACAGCAGCAACAAUGAUACCAAUACUGGAAGUGUACCGCCUACCAACACGAUCAACAGCAACAACAACAUCAUCACUACUACAAGUAGUAAUAGUAGUAGUGGUGGUGUUAUUGAGUUGGUAUGA